AUGCGCGCCGCGCGCGGGGCGCUGGCGUGCGGCGCGAUCGCGGCGUGCGCGCACGGCGCGAGCGCGGCGACGUCGAGCGAGGGACGCGGCGCGCUCGCGCCCGCGGCGCCGAUCGCGGUCGCGCUGGGCGUCGCGGCGCGACGGGCGUGUGGGACGAAGACGUUCGCGUCGAUGCUCGAACCGGGCGUGCGCGCGGUGAAGGAGGACGGAUUGAAGCUCGGCAUCGCCGCCCUGGGCGCGCGGUUGUCGCUCACGGAGAUCGGAGACACGGCGCGCGCGGCGGCGCCGGCGAUCGGGGGGGUGGUGGUGUCCGGGGGGGUGGCGGCGCCGAUGGCGUGCGCGCUCGCGCGGAGGGCGGGAUGGAGGACCGAGGGACUGACGCGAAAGACGGGGGCGCUGCUCGCGGCGGGGAGCUCGAUAUGUGGAGUGACGGCGAUCGGGGCGCUGGCGCCGGCGAUCGCGGCGACGGAGCGAGAGGUUGGGGUGGCGGUGGCGAACGUCGUGGCGUACGGGACGUUUGGAAUGUUGACGUAUCCGUACGUCGCGAAGUGGUUAUUUCCGGAUGGUGGGACGCCGGCGGGGGUGUUUUUGGGACUCAGCGUGCACGACACAUCGCAGGUGAUCGGUGCGGGGAUGACAUUCAAACAAAUGUACGACGACGAGGCGGCGUUCAAGGCGGCGACGGUGACCAAGCUGACGAGGAAUUUAGGAUUAGCCGUCGUCGUGCCGGUGCUUGCGAUGGUGUUUCGCGACGCCUCGGAGACGGGAGCGAGCGUGGUGGGGAAGAAACCGGCUCUAAUACCUGGUUUUUUGAUCGCGUUUAUCGCCAUGGCGGCAUUACGCUCACUCGGCGACGCCACGGAGGGCGUUCGCGACGAUCCUCGAUGGAAAAAGACUACAAAACUUCUAGGAGAUUUCUCUUCGCAAGUCGCAUUACCAUGCGCCAUGGCUGCCGUCGGUCUGUCAAUCAGCACGUCGUCGCUCAGUGGGAUCGGGGUAGCACCCUUUUUCGCCGGCGCGGUCGCGGCAACGACCGUGGCGGGCGUCGCCGCGUUGUCCGUAAAGACGCUCGAGCAAGCAGGGUACCUGAAAUAG